GCCCACUCCGGCCUGCCGCCCCUAAAGCUCCUGUGUAUGUCAGUUGUCCAGUCGGUGGGGGGCUCCUCAGUAACUCACACAUGCCCACUCCUCACUCCGUUAUUGGGGCCUUCGCGUUGCAACAGUUGUACAGAUGACGCCUCAAGCACGGGGGAAUACUCUACCAAGCUGAGGGAGAACUGGAAUCAAGACAAAGAAAAGUGCUGCAGCCGCCGAGCCUCCUCACGACGCAACCUCUUGACCACGCGACACACUAGCCAGAGCACCGUCUUCAUCACACCCUCAAACAUAACACUAACAGAUGUGACGUCCCGACUCGCCUUCAUUAACCUUUACCGCAACACAACACGAGGACGCUGACGUGCUGCCGUGACCAUGGUCGCCUGCCGGUGUCCUGUGCUGCUUGUGGCCCUCACGGUGACCACAAGCCUGCUGGAGAUGGGGUCACGUGGUCUGCAGCUGUAUGAAGAAGAUCCCCCUUCCCUAGACUCCCUCUCUCAACAAAUCUUGCACAGUGAGACGCAACCCGAGCCUCGCCCCCACGCUGGCACCUCUGCGGACCUCAGCCUUGUGAUGGACGGCAGCUGCGGCGAUGAGGCACCCAGCGAGGGCCUCCGCGACCGCGACCACAGGGAGGUGAACCCCGCCCACGUCCCGGAUGUUGCUGGCCGCGCUAUGAGGGUGCAGCGGACGGCGAGCCCUUGGGAGGCGGUGCUGCCGGGGAAACUGAAGCAGGGAGGAAAGUCGCGCAAAAAGAGAGCCGCCCUGUAUUGGCCCGAUGGCAGUGUGUUCAUCGCAGAGUUCUUUUUCGUCAUCCCCAUCGAGGCGCCCAUGGGAGUCAGUAUUCCAUUCACCAUAGACGUGCCGUACGAGUUUACGCUGCCCAACAUUACGGCAGCGGACUUCUUCAAACGAGAGAAUAUAGGCCGAGAUGAGCGACUCAACCUGUACGGCGUGGUGGAGAGGCUCUUCCAAAGGUUCGGGCUGGACGGGCGUGCGUGCGUGCUACGAGCGGUGUGCGAAAGAGCGAGCAGCAGUCUGGAGGGCGCUGGCAUGCUGGGGGAAAUCAUCACCACCAUUCUCACGGCGUCUCUAUCAAUCGCCUCUGAGGGCAUGUACGAGUAUCUGGUGGCGGAGCACAACGGGAGGACACGAGGCGAUUGUUGGGCGCUGUAUCCUUCUUGCCCCAUCUCCCUCUUCAACUGGCUCGAGUGAAAGCCGACCCACAAGUCAUAGUUUCUUGGCUUUCACGUGGCCAAGAAACUAUGCCUUGUGGGGAGCUCUUUCAGUUAUCUCAGGGCGUAGAUAAGCUUGUUAUUUGUAUGUAUAUUUAUGAUUUUUCUUUCUUUUAGGAUCGAUAUUUAGAAAGGAGUUAUCUUUAGCCUUAAGGAUCAAGACGAUUACUUACAUUUAUGUAACGUUCUUUUAACUUCCGUACCUCGAUAUUUAGAAUUAAGUGUAUUGAUUAAUGUUAGAGGAAAAUGACUGGUCUGAUAUAACUAAGAACGACCUGUAGUGUCUUCAACCCUUAAAUAAUGAUUAGAUUAGUGCAUUUCAGAUUACUUUUGUAAAAAAGACUUGAUACAUACACCUCUAUCCAUCUAUCCAUCUAUCUAUCUA